GGGAACUAGCGUACCCUGAACCUAGUGAAAGUGAUGGAACUUUCUUUCUCGUUCGUCACGUUUGGGCUCGUCCUUCUUCCGUUGCUCAUUAAUCAAAUUAUCCGUGUCUGGGCAUUCUCUUCUCCGCUUUAGCCAAAACAAGAGUACACUUUAGUCUACAUCUGAGAUUGCCCUGCGAACAUAUUGUGAUUACCAGUAUGAGAUAGUUCUUGAGUGAAGAGAAUGAUAGGUGAACAAAAAAUUCUGAAAUGGCUUAUUCCUCUUGUUGCGAUUUUACACCGAGUUGGGUCUCUUAACUUCGCCCUUGCAGCCUGCGACUUCAGUUUUCAUGAUGGAAACAGGAUUUAUAACUAUACCUUGACUUCUCCUGUGCGGGACUUCCCCCACGGCGUUCGCAGUGAAGAUGGAUAUUACAAAGUGGCAGCAAACGAGACCAUCCUAUGGUUUCAGCUUUGUGAUGGGAUGAUUUUCAAUCAUGACCCUCCUACAUGUGUUGACUGCUGGGAUUGUGGAGGGCCUAUUCGGUGUGGAAUGGAUUGCACUGGACUUGUGGCAAACAACAUUGGAGGUUAUCAUGUAUGCACAACCAUAGGACGGGGCCCAAAAAUAGAUAUUGAUAUAUUUGAUAAGAAAAAUCCCGACAGUGGUGUCAUUGUUAAGAUGUCAAGCAAUAGCCCUAAUCUAAAUUGUUCGCUGUCGGUGUCUGUGCUAUGCUGCUCAAAUGGUGUUCAAGGACCGCGCUCUCUGGAGAGAUUAGGGACCUGUAACUAUGCUGCAGAGCUGAAGCAUCCAUCUGGAUGUGCCGUUAUCUUAAAUGUUCAUGAAAAAGGGUGGGGGUGGUUUGUCACCUUAAUAACCACUGUCUUAUGCCUUUGUGGAGUAUAUCUACUGGCUGGCAUAGUUUAUCGGCAUUUCUUCCUUGGGAUUCGUGGUAUAGAUGUAUGUUUCUCACUUGUCCUACUUGUUGCUGUAUGCCUAGUGGUCAUCCCCAAUUUGGACUUCUGGUCAACCUUGCCCCGAAGAACCCAGGCUCUUUGUGCUUCUUUGGUGAGGAAGUUUAAGGGACCUUCUCAAGGUUACCGGAGCUCAUAUUCUCCUGUGAACUUCUGAGGGCGAUUUUUUUUUUUUUUUUAAAUCGUUCUGGAUUCAUUACGGACCAUCGCGUAUGUGCACGAUGGUUCUGCAGAGAAGUGCAAAUAAGUCGCUUUUCAGAUACCCCGCUGGUCAGAUCCAGAUGCAUCCUUUGGGACAGAACCUUGAAAUCUAUGCCUCUUGCCUUGACUCUUUACCCCAUGAAUUUGGUGCUUUCACAUCCUUCUAUCCCCCCUUAAUUUUUUUUUUCAGAGAGAGAAAGUGGAAGAAGGAAUUGAGAAAAUUAAGAAAUUCUUGAAUGUAAUUUUAUGGGGAAAUUGGUAUAAUAGCAGAGUUAUGAUGACAA